AUCAAGAACUGUUCUGUGUAUAUCAGACCCUGCUCGGAGCCUUUUUCUUAUCACCAUGUACCCUUCCUGCCAUGGCGACUCUCCGACUGGCGACAGCUGCCAACAUCCGGCUUUUUCAAUCAUUGUCGGCUAGUCUAGCCACAUCCGACGCGAAAUGUACCACUUUGAUCAACCCUGAAGCCCUUGACGAUGAGUUUGGAAGAUUUCGAGUAUGGUCUGGAAAUCUUGGUGCCUUGCAAAAGGGCCAUAGCUCACUUGACUAUCGACUUCGUGACUCUCCCCUACUUUCAAGCAAUGCUCUAAAGUUUCUGAAAGAGCUCGAAGAGAAUCUAACUGAAGCUAUCGCUGUUGUUUCCGGGAGCCGCCUUCCAUAUGAGCUGCAGCCAAAGCCAGAAGACAGUGAUGGCGAGGACGACUUCUUCAGUGAGGACGAAGAUGAUGAAAGCCAAGAAGUAGGAGCGCCAAAAACUGAAUUGGAACAGCGGUUCCGCGAAGUCGUUGAUAUAGUCCAAAACCUGUACAAGCUUUCAGUUCGCAUUCGUUCUCCGACGCUUCGAUCUAGGUCCCUAAAGGCAGCUUCUUUCCAACCGAAAGAUGCCGAAACGGGUGUGGACAUCCUUGAGCAAUACACGACAUUUGAUCUCCAAUACACCCAGGAGCUCGUUAGGUUCCUUCGCGCGCCAUACGACGGAGAUGUUAAGGUUGAGGACGAAGUUCUUAUCAAACGCUUAAGUAAGGCUAUUACACUACGGAGACGCCAAUUUAAAUAUUGGAGGCGGCAUAGAGACAAACUAGGAGUCUCGACACUCCUCGAAGAUUUGACAGAAAACCAGCCAGCAACGGUUGAGAGGCCGGAAGUGCACCGACAUGAUACCCUCGAAGUCCAGCUAGGAAAUCCCAUCGUAGCCUCAAUAAAGGAAUCCGACAGUGAAAGGGAACCGAAAUCGCUGCUCAGUGGAACUGAGGCUACCCAACAUCAUCAGUCUCUAGAUGACAUCGUUGAUAGCCAGUCUGUGACGUCUUAUGCGACUACGACGCACGAUCUCAAGGGGCAUGGAAUUGAGCUUCCUUCGCCACCUAAAGCUGCGAAUGGAGAGCAAGAUUUUGAAUGCCCUUAUUGUUUCAUUAUCUGCCCUGCCAGGUAUGGCCGAGGGCGACCCUGGAGAACACACCUUUUGCAGGACUUACAACCAUACGUUUGUACUUACGAAGAUUGCGAGAAUCCAGACCAAUUGCUACGGAGCCGCAGAGAAUGGGCAGAGCACGAGGCUAGCCAUCGCAAAGUGUGGAGAUGCCCCGAGCAUACGACUGCCAUCUAUAAGUCGAAGUUAGGACUGGAAGAUCAUUUACGUCGCAAGCAUUCUGAUAGCUUCCCGGAGCAUCAACUGACUAGCAUUAUCAAAGUCUCGGAAACCUCAACGAUAGACCUCCGACAAAAGUGUCCCAUUUGUUUCGCGCAAGCAGAUAUGGAAGGCGGUCUUCAAAAUCAUAUUGCCAAUCAUCUCGAAAGGCUUGCGUCUUUUGCUUUACCAAAGGAUAUUGAUACUGCAGGUGACGAGUCAGAUGUGGCCAGCAGUGUGGCGUCCCGUGGGAGAAGUGGCACUACAGAGUCUUCGCAGGACCUCAGCUCCGUUUCAUUCCAUACUGGCAGUGUCAGCGUGAAAGACGAACAGAGACCCACCGACGAAGCAGCAUCCACAAUAGGAGAAGGACCCAUGCCCACUUUGAACAAGGGAGGACCCCCUGGCGAAGACAAUCAACUCUCUGUGGAACUUGUUGGGCGCGUUCCAGACUCAAGUAAAAAGCGAAUGGAUGUUCUCACGAGUCAAUUAGGUGACCUUACGAGCCUUGAUGACGAAUUCUUCGACGAAGGAGACGAUUCUGUGGAGGUUAAAGAACAUCUAGCAGAGGUGGGAAAUCUUAGGUCGUACCUCCUCUCUCUAGCCGGGGCUCAAUCCACGCGAUUCCUACGCCGUUACGGUUGGUGGCGUGGUUAUCUAAAUUUCUCGAGCGAAGACGCUGCGGUGCGUGCUAUAGCGACCUUCGACAAGGAGCAAUACCCGGAGGUCAAGAUUCGCCUAGGCGUUGAAAAUAGAGCCAGCUUGAAGUUCAGUUUGCCAGCUCUGGAGAAGCCCAAGCCAAAUCAGGGAGCCCACACUACUCUUGAAGAUGAUUCAGUUUCGUCAGCUUCUCUCUCAGAGAAUGGGGAAUUAGAAGCUGAUGGCAAGCUACCGAUACUUCCUGUGGAUGAGAUCCCGACAUUUCAUUUGCUUUACAGGUCACGGAAGCUCCAGCAACGGGAUCAAAGUUACGCUCCCAACGAUUCAUACAAUCGAAUGCUUGGCUUUACAUUCUAUGACAUUACACGUAUCAAAGCGGAUGCAAUCGUAAAUUCUGCGAACAAAGCAAUGAGGUUUACUAGGAGAUACGAUACGCUGAACCAUUACAUCCACAAAGCCGCAGGUCCUGGCCUCAAAAGAGAAUGCGCUCAACUCGGAAGUGUCAGAACAGGCCAAGUCAGGGUGACCUCUGGCUGCAACCUUCCAAGUUCUUAUGUGAUUCAUGCUGCUAGACCCCAAUACUCGGGAUCCAAAGGGAUGGGGAAAUUCAACGUUCUUACGGAAUGCUACCGCAGUUCUCUCAAAGCCGCGGUGAAUCACAACAUGAAGACAAUCGUAUUUCCCUGCAUAGCGGCUGGUGGAUGCGGGUUCCCCUCUCGCGUAGCUGCUCGAAUCGCUCUGCAAGAGACCAGGGAGUUCUUAGACGUUCACAAGAGUUAUCAAUUCGAACGUAUCAUCUUCUGUGUCUACAAGGGAAGUGACGAGAAAGCGUACAGAGACUUUAUCCCCGUCUUCUUUCCUCCAACCCACGGAGACCUCGAGAAUGCUGUGCCCUUGGAUAACUCUAGGGACCCUAAUUCACUGGCAUCACAACUGCAGGACGCCUAUAUACAGAUCGAACGGGUUACCCAGAGUCUUGUCAUUUUCAGCGACAAUAUCCGCGAGUUCCCUCGUAAUAUUCUUCGUGAGCUUUCGGCAAUAAUAUCAACAGUCCGUUCCCUGAAGAACCUCUUCGUCUCCUCAAAGGGGAAAAUAAAGAACUUGGCCGGUUGGGUGAUAGCAGAUCUGGAUUUAAUCUGUUCCGUCAUGCAAAGUGUAUCUCAAGGAGUGAUGGAAAUAGUCGAGCAGACGAAGUACGCAAGAAAUUUUGACGGGCCAACGUACAAGACAAUAUGGGAUGAGUACAAUCUUCAUAUGCAAAAUAGUCAAGGGAUGGAUCUGAAUACCCUAUUAGAAAUCUGUCGAGAUUUUGCCCAGUGUAUAGACGACAUUCUCAUACGCAACGGUAUAGAACCCCAUGAGAUGGGGACAAUGCGCAUCCGGCUAAGCACCUAUCGUCUUAAGCAGACUGGGGAAGGCAACAAAGCCCAACGAGACGCCUUCGACGAGGCCAUGUUCACGCGUGACUUUCACAGGGAGACGAUAACCUACAACCACACCAACAUUAUCAAAGUCCAUCAAAUCCCUUCGUUGAGCCGGCUUUAUCAAUUGGGGGAGUUGGAGCCUGAGCCCACCAACGCUAUCCCGGACGGUAUCGUCAAUAACACAGUCUCCCUAAUAAGAGAAGACAUAUCGAGACUCGAGGUUGACGUGAUAGUGAACUCGACGGACAUUGGCUUUUCUGGAAUGGGCACACUCGAUCGAACAAUUUUUCGAAAGGGCGGCCUGUCUCUCCAAGAAGACUGUGCGGACUUCGGGGUUUGCAAAGAAGGGGACGUGCGCCUCACUGGCGGCUACCAACUUCCUGCAAGGCAUAUCAUUCACGCUAUACCUCCAGAUACGUACCGCAAGAAUACCAAGGAUGUUCUCCGGAAGAUAUAUAGGGAGAUUCUGCAUGUGGCCAGCUCUUUAAAAGCAACAUCGUUAGCUAUACCUACGAUUGGAACUGGUAUGCUGAAUUAUCCAAAACGCGAUGCUGCCUCAGUCGCCAUGGAAGAAGUGAAGCGUUACCUGGAGACGACGGAGGCGGCCAACCCGAUAGAGCGCAUCAUUUUCUGUGUGUUCGGGUCGAAUGACGAGUCAAUCUACAAAUCUCUGUUACCGGUCUUCUUUCCUCCAGUCGAGACCAACGUCAAUAAAGCUCUGCCGCCGAGUUCUUCCCUUCAACUGAAAUCGAAUGACACUACAAAAGCCACCGAACCGGCUCCUCCGCCGCGCCGUACGCUCUUUGGCUCCAUCGGGGAUGCGAUCCGUAAUGUCCGGUUUGGUAAACAACCGGUCUCACAAACCCUACGUCCCUUACAAAGCGGAGAAGAAACUGCGCUCAUCAAUUAUGAAUCUCAUGCCCAGGGCUGCUCUACUUGCAGCAAAAUAGCGCAACUCUACGCCGAGGACAAGGACCUUUGCGUGGAUGGGUAUGGCAAAGCGCAAUGUGUACUCCAAUACCUCUACAUGGAAGCAGAUCGAUCGGUUUACUCAACGCUGGAUAGUGAACGGAGUGUGAAGGUCGAGUUCCCACAAGAGUACAAGCAUUCGUGGAACUUGCUCGUCACUGUGGAAAAAAGUUAUCGGGAUAUACACCGAUCCAGUCCUUUUGUCACCGUAAACCAGCCGUACCCAAGCACCGAGCAAAGAGGACACCGCAAUCCAUCGCCGCCACCAGGUGUGACAAUCUACAAUGCUGAGGUUACAAUCCCGAUCAAGAAGGAACCAGAAAAGGCAAUAGCAUCUGUCUUCUCCUGGUCUGACGAAGGCAAACGUUGGGAAGCCCUGCACCCAUUUGAAUGCAGUAUCCACAUCUACCCCGGCAAAUUUGAAGUAUAUGAGACCGACCAUAUAGUGCACACCCAAGGUGUCCCAUUACUGAGUCUCGAAUUGACGCCACUUGUGCCACUUGAGCAGCAUGUGAGUACGGAGAUCACGAUUACGGCUCGCACCUUCCAGGAAUCACGGCUCAAGUCAGAGAACUUUAUAAUGCUAAGAAGUCGCAGCCCGGCUGAGUGCGAGAUGUUGUUCCAGAGGCUUAAGCACGCGCGGAAUAAUAACCCGACGUAUUUAGAGCACCAAAGCGUACAGGAAGCGCCCGCAAUGGAGGAGACGGAGAUGCCACUCGAACUACCAUCUGCUCCUUCUCACGAACCUUCAUCCACCAAAGCACUGGUAUCCACUCUUACGCAGCAGCUUCAUGCAGAGCGAGCAGAACAAGCGGAUCUUCUUCCGGUCGAAGAAUACUGGCGUACCCAGGGAGCACCACCGUCGGACUUUGCAUCAACGUUACCUACCGUUGAGGAAAAUAUCCAUCCUGAUCCCCAGCCUCGUCUCUCAUUCUCGGCGAGUGUCAAAGAGCCUCAUGAGCAGGAUAAGAUAGUUCCUGUGGACCACCUGGGCAAGUUUAAUCUUGCUAGUGCAGAGUUAUCAUAUGUUAAUAUAGAUGAGUAUUACUCGUACGUCAACCUCGCGAGCACACAGCAGCAUAGCAUCGAGGACCGAUGGGAUUCUAGGCCUCCCCAUCACGCCUUAUCUGCCGAUACAGGGUCAGACCAGAGUGCUGGAAACGUGGAUACCGAUAUCAGCUACUCAACACAACUCCCGAACGAAGACGGGUCGACUGCCGACUACCGAGCAGAUAUCCCACUAGAUGAUCCACGGCAUAUCUCGCACUCCCGACCUACGACACCGGAAGAAGGUGAGAAGACCAUUCCGCUUGGUGCCCGCUGGACGAAGAUUAAUCGCCGUCUCAUUGAUCCUUAUGCUUUGAACGAGGCAGGUAUGCCAUUCGAAGAGAGGGGCAACUAUAUCGUUGUAUUAACAGUCCUGAGUCCUGAAGAUAUUCAAAAUCUAGUUGAGCGAACCAAAGCAAUACGAGCAACCCAACAGCGUAAGGAAGCCAUUUACCACAAGCAACAAACAGAACUCGAGAUGGAGGGAGGACGAGCCAGCCAGCUUAAAACAGAAGACCAAGUACAAGUAAAGGCGAUUCCGGCAGCUGCGAGGUGGACCAAGAUCGACCGCAGACUCGUAAGCGCGCAAGCGCUUGAAGAAGCGAAUGAACGGUUUGAGCAGAGAGAAGAUGAGAGUAUUGUUAAGAGAGUUUUGACGAGGAAAGAGAUUGUGAAGUUAGCGGAAAGGACGAGGGAGAUUAGGGGAGGGAAAGUAGAGUUGAGGGAGUUGGCGAUGAAGGUGGGAGAGGGAGGUGGGGAAGAUAGAUAGGAUUCGGCUACGAAUGGCUUGAGAGAGGGCUUAGGCAGGGCCUUGUUGGAUGUUUGGUAAAUAGAUGAAUCUUAAGAAAUAGCACUAUGGA